CCGCCCCGCGCAGGGAUGUUCUCCAGGAAGGGCCACGCCGAUGUCAGGAAAUCCACGCAGAAGGCGCUGGACCCGAAGCGGGAUGUACUCACCCGCCUCAAGCACCUCCGCGCGCUGCUGGAUAUUGUGGAUGGGAGUGACCUGAAGCAAUUCUUUGAGAACAAUUAUUCUCAAAUUUAUUUUGUAUUCUAUGAAAACUUCGUAACACUGGAAAACAGCUUGAAACAAAAAGGGAAUAAAUCACAAAGGGAGGAGCUGGACUCCAUUCUCUUUCUUUUUGAAAAAAUAUUGCAGCUGCUACCUGAGAGGAUUUUUUACCGAUGGCAUUUUCGCAGUAUAGGGUCGAUUCUGAAGAAACUUUUGCACACUGGGAAUUCUCUCAAGAUAAGAUGUGAAGGAAUCCGCCUGUUUCUUCUCUGGCUCCAAGCGCUUCAGACUAACUGUGGGGAAGAGCAGAUAUUAAUAUUUGCAUGCCUCGUGCCUGGCUUUCCACCCCUUACCUCCUCCCGAGGUCCCUGUACACUGGAUAACCUCAUUAGCCCUCCGAAUUCACCGGAUGCCAAGAUUUCUCCAGAAGAAAUAACCCCACUUGUGCCAGCGGUCUCUGGAGAGAAAAUUGCUGAAGACCAAACCUGCUAUUUUCUUCAGCUGCUGUUAAAAUACAUGGUGAUUCAGGCUGCAAGCUUAGAGUGGAAGAAUAAGGAGAACCAAGACACUGGGUUUAAGUUUCUCUUUACCUUGUUUAGAAAAUACUACCUUCCUCACUUGUUUCCAUCGUUCACAAAGCUGACCAACCUCUACAAGCCUGUCCUGGAUAUUCCUGAUGUAAGACCGAGGCCAGUGUACAUCCCUGCAACACGGAACAAUGAGAGUGUCUAUAGCACCAAGAUCCCCUACAUGGCAGCUCGAGUUGUUUUCAUUAAGUGGCUUGUUACCUUCUUCCUCGAGAAGAAAUACUUACCUGCUGUUCAGAACGUGAAAAAUGGGGGGGAAAUGCUCCCUAAAAUCAUUCAGACUGUUGGUGGUGCAAGCCAGGAUAAACCCACCGAGCUGGACACGGGCGCGUCGCACGCGGGCGAGCAGGAGCGGAGCCACUCCAACAGCAGCAGCCUGUCCGACAGACGGCUCAGCAGCUCCAGCCUCUGCAGCGUGGAGGAGCAGCACCGCCCCGUCUACGACAUGGUGCAGAGGAUCCUCCUGUCCACCCGGGGCUACGUGAACUUCGUGAACGAGGUGUUCCGGCAGGCUUUUCUGUUGCCACCUUGUGAUGUAUCUGCAACGCGGAAAGUGGUUAAGGUGUAUCAGAAGUGGAUACUGCAGGAGAAGCCGGUGUUCAUGGAGGAACCAGACAAGAAGGAUGAUGGGCAGGAUGCUGGUGACAACCUAGAAGAUUCCUCAGUGCAGACGGAUGGUAAACAUCUCUCCUCUGAGCACUCGGGACACAAACGCUCCUCCAGCUGGGGCAGGACGUAUUCCUUCACCAGUGCUGUUAACAGGGGAUGCGUGCUGGAAGAGGAGGACAGAAACGUUAAAGCUGGUGCUCAAGCUGCAUUGCAGGUGUUCCUGACAAACUCUGCGAAUGUUUUCUUGCUGGAACCCUGCCCUGAAGUCCCUGUGCUGCUGAAGGAGCAGGUGGAUGCUUGCAAAGCCGUUCUGAGCAUCUUUAGGCGCAUGAUAAUGGAGCUAUCUAUGAAUAAAAAGACAUGGGAGCAGAUGUUACAGAUACUCCUUAGAAUAACAGAAGCUGUGAUGCAGAAGCCAAAGGAAAACCAGAUCAAAGAUGCGUUUGCUCAAAGCAUGUCAGGAUUGCUUUUCCGAACCCUCAUCGUGGCGUGGAUCAGAGCCAACCUGAGCGUGUACAUCUCCCGGGAUCUGUGGGAUGAGCUGCUCAGUGUCCUGUCCUCCCUGACCGACUGGGAGGAGCUCAUCACCGAGUGGGCCAACAUCAUGGACUCUCUGACAGCCGUGCUGGCCAGAACUGUGUACGGGGUGGAGAUGACAAACUUGCCCUUGGAUAAGCUCAGUGAACAGAAAGAAAAGAAGCAGAGAGGGAAAGGUGGCAUUUUGGAGCCUCAGAAGACAGCUGUAGUGGGAAGAUCUUUCUCAUUAAGCUGGAAAAGCCAUCCUGAAGUUGUGGAGCCGAUGAGAUUCAGAAGUGCCACAACCUCUGGAGCCCCAGGGGUUGAGAAAGCAAGAAAUAUUGUUCGUCAGAGAGCAACAGCCAAGCGCAGCCAGUCUAUCAGCAACUGUGUGCACCUUUAUGAGGCUUUGCCAGCUACUAAAAGCGUCCCUCUCCUGCUUCACACUGUGAGCUCUCUCUUACCUGGUAUCUCUUACACUUCUUGCUCUCACAGACUGUCAGAAGUGGAAGAAUCCCAGCAGCUGGAAAAUCCAGCGGGAGCAGAAGCCUCGGGCCUGUUUGCAGAGCAAGAGCAGGAGCUGACUCGGAGCAGCAGCACCUCGGACAUCGCAGAGCAGUUCCCACCCGAUUUUCUCCAAGGUAAAAAGGCUGGAGCUCCUCAUAAUUCCACUUCUGCAGACUCCAAAUGCGUUCAGGAAAAUGCGGGGUGCGCAAAGAAGGAACAUGAAGCUGAGCAAGUACCAGUCCGAAGAAGCAGCAGCACAGCUGAGUUGGAUUUGAGGGCAGACUGGCAGCAAUCCCAUGGGAGCUGCAGAGAGAGAGAAAAAAGUGAGAGCGUCAGCAGUGACACGUCCAUUGGCUACAACAACGAGGUGGAGAUCGCUCUCAUCCCCUGGCAAGCUUCUGAAGAUGACCCUGAGGUGAAUGCCUCCGCAGACGUUUGUGUGGAUGCUGAUGCCCCUCGCUGGCUUCAGCUUAGCCCCUCAGACACCGCGAACCUGACAGACAGCAGUGAAUUCCUUGCUGAUGACUGCAGUAUAAUUGCUGGUGGAAGCCUCAUCGGUUGGCACCCCGAUUCUGCUGCCGUGUUAUGGAGGAGGAUCUUGGGAAUUCUUGGAGAUGUGAACAAUAUAAAGUCACCUAAAAUUCAUGCAAAAGUGUUUGGGUAUCUCUAUGAGUUGUGGUACAAACUCGCAAAGAUUCGGGACAACCUCGCUAUAAGUGUGGACAAUCAGUCUACUCCCUCUCCUCCUGUCCUCAUUCCUCCUCUCAGGAUAUUUGCAUCUUGGUUGUUCAAGGCAACCACGCUGCCAAGCGAGUACAAGGAAGGCAAGCUGCAGGCAUACAGGCUCAUCUGUGCCAUGAUGACGAGGCGACAAGAUGUUCUGCCAAACUCUGAUUUCCUGGUUCACUUCUAUUUCGUGAUGCACCUUGGGUUGACAAGUGAAGACCAGGAUAUCCUGAACACGGUCAUCAGGCACUGCCCGCCAUGGUUUUUCUUCCUGGCCUUGCCUGGCUUUACCAUGCUCAUCGGGGACUUCAUCACUGCGGCAGCGCGGGUGCUGAGCGCGGACACGCUGGAGGCUCCCCGCUCGGAGGCUCACACCAUCCUCGGCUCUCUUGUCUGCUUCCCAAAUCUCUACCAAGAAAUCCCCCUGCUGCGGCCCGUUGCCGAAGCUGGCGAGAUCAUCGCGGGAUCUGCGGACGUGAAGUGUUACCUCAUAAAUAUUUUAUUGAAGAAUGCUACAGAGGAGCCAAGUGAAGCUGCAAGGUGCAUAGCCAUCUGUGGCCUCGGAGUGUGGCUAUGUGAAGAGCUGACGCAGUGCACAAACCACCCCCAAGUGAAGGAAGCGAUCAAUGUCAUAGGUGUGACACUGAAGUUCUCUAAUAAACUGGUAGCUCAGGUAGCCUGUGAUGUUCUUCAGCUGCUGGUUUCUUACUGGCAAAAGCUUCAGAAGUAUGAACCCUCCCUGUCCAGAAAGAUCACUGAGAUCCUCGUGGCCACUAUUGCCUUUCUCUUGCCGAGUGCUGAAUACUCCUCAGUGGAAGCAGAUAAAAAGUUCAUAGUUUCAUUGCUGCUCUGCCUGUUGGAUUGGUGUAUGGCACUGCCCAUGAAGACGCUGCUGGAGCCAGUGUCUGCGGGUGCUCUUGAAGAUCAACACGCAGCCAAAGCUCCUUUGCUGGACUACAUUUACAGAGUUCUGCACUGCUGUGUGAAUGGCUCCAGCACCUACACCCAGCAGAGCCACUACGUGCUCAGCCUGGCAGACCUCUCCUCCAGCGACUACGACCCGUUCCUGCCGCUGGGCAACGUGAGGAGCUCGGAGCCAGCCCAGUGCCACUCCUCCACAGACCUGGGCAACCUGCUCACGGUCGCUGAGGAAAAAAGGAGGAGGAAUUUAGAGCUGAUCCCUCUGACGGCGCGGAUGGUCAUGACUCACCUGGUGAAUCACCUGAGCCACUACCCGCUCAGCGGAGGCCCUGCCAUCCUGCACAGCCUCCUCAGCGAGAACCACGACAACUCCUACGUGGAGUCCUCCGAGCUGUCCUCGGAAGUCUUCCGGAGCCCCAACCUGCAGCUCUUCGUCUUCAAUGACAGUACUCUUAUAUCCUACCUCCAAAUCCCCACGGAGAAGACGGACACUGAGCCACCAGCAGCGCCCUCGGACGUCAGGGUAAUCGUCAGAGAUAUCUCAGGGAAGUACUCUUGGGAUGGCAGGGUACUGUACGGGCCCCUGGAGGGCUGCCUCCCGCAGCAGAGCCCAGCGAGCGCGCUGCUCGUCUCCAGCACCCCCCAGCACCACUUCAUUUCCCAGAAAGACCUUUCUCAGGUGGAAGAGGGAGAAGAUGCUCUGGACCAGCUGCUGGAGCGGAUUGGUACCACCAGUCCCGAGUGCCUCCUGCAUCCCCAGCGGAAGCUGAACGAGCCGGCGCCGCCACCCUUCGGCAUGAGCUGUGAGCAGGAGCGCGCGCUCACGGAGGCCCUGAUGAGGCAGAGUGCCCAGGAAGAGCAGUACAUCCUGAAGUGCAGCUCGGACCUCAGCAUGAGGGUGGCCCACCAAGAAGAGCCGCGUCCUGUUGAACCACAGGCUUCCUUCUACUUCUGUCGGCUCUUGCUAAACGACUUGGGAAUGAACUCCUGGGAUAGAAGGAAGAGCUUUCAUCUUCUGAAGAAGAAUUCGAAGCUGCUGCGAGAACUGAAGAACCUGGAUUCCCGCCAGUGCCGGGAGACCCACAAGAUUGCGGUGUUCUACAUUGCAGAGGGGCAGGAGGACAAGUGCUCCAUCCUGUCCAACGCAAGGGGAAGCCAGGCCUAUGAAGAUUUUGUUGCUGGACUGGGCUGGGAGGUUGAUCUGUCCACGCACGGGGGGUUCAUGGGUGGCCUGCAGCGCAACGGCAGCACAGGACAGACAGCACCCUACUACGCUACCUCCACCGUGGAGAUCAUUUUCCAUGUGUCCACGAGGAUGCCUUCAGAUUCAGAUGAUUCACUCACCAAAAAGCUUCGUCACUUGGGAAAUGAUGAGGUUCACAUCGUCUGGUCUGAGCACACCAGGAACUACCGCAGAGGCAUUAUUCCCACAGACUUUGGAGAUGUUCUAAUUGUUAUUUACCCCAUGAAGAAUCACAUGUUUUUCAUAGAGAUAAUGAAGAAACCAGAGGUGCCAUUCUUUGGUCCUCUCUUCGACGGAGCCAUCGUGACCGCGAAGCUGCUGCCGAGCCUCAUCUGUGCCACGUGCAUCAACGCCAGCAGGGCUGUCAAAUCCCUCAUCCCGCUCUACCAGAGCUUUUACGAGGAACGAGCUCUAUAUCUCGAAGCAAUAAUCCAGAACCAUAAAGAAGUAAUGACAUUUGAGGAUUUUGCCGCUCAGGUCUUUUCUCCCUCUCCCAGCUACUCCCUCGGUGGAACUGAUUAGAAUAAGUACCGGUCUCGUUACGGUAAUUGCCGCAGGUAAGAGCGAUGCUUCCCCUGCUGCCGCCCGUGUGCUCCACCACUAACAGCCCUGCUCCUCCUGCGCUCAGUGCUCAGUGCAUGGCGGCUCUGGGGCUCUCGGGUCUGUCUCUGCCUGUCCCUGUCACCUCAGCCCCAUCUCCUUUUACUCCUUGCACCCCGCGGUGCCCAGCGC